AUGGGCUGGCUCACUAGAGCCUUAAGGAAUGAUGGGGUGUUGAAGGGUUUUGGUAAAAGGACAUUGGUGACAUGGGAUGAUGAAAUUGUUUUGGUGACUGGUGGUUCCCGAGGAAUUGGUGGACUGUUAGCUGAAACAUUGGCAUUGCGACAUGUUAAUGUAGUUGUAUUGGACCUUGUGCCGCCGGAAAUUGAAAAUGGAAACAUUAAUUUUUAUAAAUGUGAUGUCUCGGAUCUAGACCAAGUGAAAAAUGUCGCGAAGGAAAUAAUCGAAGAUGUCGGACACCCAACAAUACUUGUAAAUAACGCGGGAAUACUACGCGGGAAGACGAUUCUUGAUGGAUCGGAGGAAGAUAUACAAGAAACAAUUAAUACAAACCUAUUAUCCUCAUUCUGGACGACUAAAGUAUUUCUCCCAAAUAUGAUCGAAAAUAAUCAUGGGCAUAUAGUGACAAUCGCAUCGAUACUAGGAUAUACUGGGAUCGCACAAACAGCCGAUUAUUGUGCCUCAAAAGCAGGGUUAAUCAGCUUCCACGAUUCACUGCGAUUUGAAUUGAAGAUGCGGUACAACGCGCCCAAAAUACGCACAACCCUAGUCUGCCCAGGUCAUAUGGGAACAGGCCUCUUUGAUGGGGUAGUCGUUACAAUGCCUUUCCUCACACCAUGUCUACCGCCCUUGGAUCUUGUAAAACUUAUAAUCACUGCGUUGGAUAGAAAUGAAGGAAGAGAGAUUUAUAUUCCGUAUUUCACGUAUUUGACUCCGCUUCUAAGAGCCGGUCCGGGAUUUCUUUUUGAUUUGGCGACUCGGUACUCAGGUGCUCAUAGCAGCAUGAAAACGUGGACCGAUAAACGUAAGCUUCUCGAAAUAAAGAAAACUGAAUAA